UGCCCUCACACAUCACUUGCAUAAUUGCAUUUCCUAUUUCUUCACUUAGAGAGAGAGAGAGAGAGAGAUUCCGGCCUGAAAGUGAGAGAAAUGACGAUAAUCGUGGACGGAGUGGUUGAGGAACUGGUAACACAGGGGGUAAACUCGUUGGUCAGAAUUGUGUCGGACAAUGUGACGCUGGUUCGUGGCAUAAAUUCUGAGAUAAAAGAUCUCACCUCCGACAUCCAAAUGUUCAACGCCAGACUGGUGGAAGCUUCCAAGAACCCAAGGGCCAAUGACCACCAAGUUUUGAGACUAAUAGUGAAUAAAUUUCGAAGCGUUGUGAAUGAAGCCGAGGAUACGAUUGCCGACUACGUUGUACUGAAGAAGAAGCAUGGAAACAAUUUGUUCUUAAAGUCUUUGGAUAAGACCCCACUUUGUGGAAAGGUGAAUGGGUAUGCGAGCGAGAUCCAGUCCAUUAGGAGAAAGAUGAAUGCAAUUCGGCAAGAGCACGAACAAGAACUUCAAUACCUCAUGCAGUACGAAAUCAAAGACCAGGACAAGGCUGUCAAAACUUUCCACCAGGCUGGACCAACGGUGGAGAAAAACGAGGUAUUCGGCUUCAAAAAAGAUUUGGAAGACCUGAAGGCUCGUUUGUUAGAGGCAUCAGAUAAUUUUAUUGUGAUCCCAAUUGUUGGGAUGCCUGGUACGGGGAAAACUACAUUUGCUUCAAUGCUUUUUGAGGACCUAAGCAUUCUCAACAAUUUGGUUCGCAUUUGGGUUCCUGUUUCAAAAUGGUGUGAUAGAAAACAGAAAUUCAUCAGCAUCAUAUAUCAAAUCACCAAGAGUACUGAAGACUUGACCACCAAGUCUGAAGAAAUGUUGAAAGAUACCAUUCAAACCCUUUUAAAGGAUCGAAAAUACUUCAUUAUAUUGGAUGAUGUAUGGGAAAGAAAAGAUUGGGAUUCUUUACAAACUGCAUUCCCUAAAAACAUGAAUGGAAGUAGAGUCUUGGUGACUACCCGGCAUGACAAUGUGAUUGAUUCUACUUGGAAAUCUCAUAAUUUAGAAAAGUUAAGUGAUGAUGAUGGUUGGUUGCUUAUUAAGAAUAAUGUUUUCGGUACAGAGGGAUGCAGUGACAAGUUAUUAGAAGAGCUUGGGAAAAAAAUAGCAAGAAAAUGCAAGGGUUUACCACUUGCUCUAGUAGUGGUAGCUGGUAUCCUACGAAAAUGCAUAACUUCUACGGACUGGCAACAAGUGGCUGAUAAUCCGCUUCUAGAAAUCAAUCGAGAAAACCAAAGUUACCAUGAGAUUGUUAAGAUGAGCUACAAUGAUCUGCCUAAUGAGAAGUUGAAAAAUUGUUUCCUGUAUUUUGCAUCUUUUCCCAUGGGGCAUGAGAUUGCUAUAUGA